AUGGAACGCAUUCUGGACUUGGAGAAGGAGUUUGAUAUCGCUGCAUUCGAUGAGGUUGUUAAGAGUGCAAAUUGCUCUGAUAAUGUGAAGAAGACAGCAGCAGAGAGGAUCUUGAUGAAAUUCAAAGAGCUUCCAAAUGCAUGGACAAAGGUCGACUACAUACUGAAUAACAGCUCGCUUCAGGAAAGCCAUUACGUCGCUCUGCAGCUGCUGGAAAGCAUUAUAAAGACAAAAUGGUCUCUUUUUGAUGAAGCAAUGAAACAAGGACUCAGGAUGUACGUAUUACAACUUGUAAUUGAGAAGUCAAAAGUUCGGAGCAAGGAGGUAUAUGUGAUACAGGAGUUGAACACGAUCCUGGUUGAGAUUGCAAAGAAGGAUUGGCCAAGAAGGUGGCCGACUUUCAUAUCUGAUCUGAUCAACGUGUCUCAAAGCAUUAGCAUGGAGGUUUGUAGAAACAGCCUUAAGAUCCUAAAGAGGCUGAACGAAGAGGUUUUUAUAUUUUCUGAGGACAGCAUUACAACAGUAAGGAAGAGAGUACUGCGGAACCAGCUGAAAAUUGAAUUUACAAACAUAUUUGGAUUUAUAAAGACGAUUCUCGAGUACUCAAGAAGCAGCGAGAUGGACGAAAGCCUUCUAGAAGCAACACUCGAAACAUUUCAGUGCUUCUGUGGAUCUAUGCCUCUUGAAUUUAUUUUCUUAACAGAGAUUAUAGGCUUGAUUCUAGAGCACCUGAACUCUAUGCACAGCACUGCAUGCUUGAAGUGUCUGAUUGAGAUAGUCGAUCUUGGAAGAGAUACCAAACUUGCAAGAAGCCAUGAAGUUGAAAAUGCAGAGAAGGAAAAUAUAUUAUUGAUACACGGGCAGUGUGUGGUGUUUCUUGGAAUGUACUUUGCAAAGUUCAAUCAAGAGAAGAUAUACGAGGUGUAUGGCGGAAUGGACAAGGCAGAAAAGGCAUUUGUGCUGCGAUUUGCACAGCUGCUUUCUUCGCUGUAUGAAGUUCAUAUGGGACUACUUGAAAUGAAGGAUGCAGUGAAUACAAAGACUGGACUCGGAUAUUUGAUACAAAUGUCGAAGAUCAACAGCAUGAAUGUUUUCUCAACUACAUUUGAAAUGUGGAACAAAUUUGUGUUUGAUUUGUACUCAGAGUAUCCAUUUGCAACCCAGGACUCAGGAAAGAGACUGAGAAGAUUUGGAUAUAUAGGAAUUCUGAACCAGCUCUUGGGGACUCUGGUAGACAAGAUGCCACGUCCAGAAGAGGUUUUUGUGAUGGUGGAUGAAUACAACGAGGUGAUCAGGAAGAAAAUGACAGACACCGACCAAAUUGAAUUUUAUAGGAAGAUGAGAGGAUGCCUGUAUCACCUGGCUUUCCUUAUUGAAGAGGACAUGAAAAAGUACUUUAUUAACAAGAUUGGAUUUCAACUGGAUGAUAAAGAAUGGGAUUGUAACUACCUCAACAAACUAUGCUGGGCAAUUGGAUCAAUAUCUGGUUCGUUUUCAGAAGUUAAUGAAAGAGAGUUCUUUGUUAACAUCCUCAAGUAUCUGCUUGCAUUGUGUGAGAUGAAGUCUUUUAAGACUGAUAAGGCAGUUAUUGCAUCGAACAUUAUGUUCAUUAUUGGGCAGUACCAUCGCUUUCUUCUCCAUAAUAAAAGCUUCCUAAAGACAGUUGUAAAGAAACUGUUUGAAUUUAUGGAUGAGGAGCACGAGGGAAUCAAAGACAUGGCAUGUGAUAACUUCUUUAAGAUAGUUGAACGAUGUCCUAUUGAGUUUCUUACUCAGAGGGAAAACGACGAGGUGUUUAUCCUGUAUAUUCUAAGAAACCUGACAGGAAUAACAAGGACAUUGGAGUUCUAUCAAAAACGAAUAGUCUAUGAAGCACUUCUUCUAGUGAUAAAGGAGGUGCCAAAAACAAAGGACUACAAUGUAAGAAUAUUGAGCUAUGCAGAUCUUCUGCUAUCUUCUGUGCUGAGCUUCAAUAUGCUUUCUGAUGAGCAUAUUAAUAGAUUACCUGAAAUUAUAUCAAACAUGGAGGAUGUGAAAAUGGUUUCACACAUCCUCAAAUCACACACAUUAACGUACAAGCUCCUUCCAGAGACAUGUGCUUCUAGUUAUUCACAUGUGUUUCCUAGGUUGUUCAGCAUGUUUGAGAUAUGUAAUAGGAUAGUGCUUGAGCAGAGCGAAGGAGUGAUUUUUGCAAAUGCCAAGCUUGUGAAAGCUGAAAUAGUGGAGUUAUUUACAACGGUUGUUGAGUCCAAGUUUGUUCAGGUAGACUUUGUAAAUAUGCUCUGUGAGAAGAUUGUUUUUGAUUAUAAAAGCAAUUCGGUGUAUAAAGAACCUGCGAUUCUGAAUCUGGCUGCAAGUAUAGUACGAAAUGCUGAAAACGACGGCUCGGUUAUGUAUUUCCAAAGAGAAACAUUUAUGAUUUCUACACUUAUAGAGCCGUCCAUUCCGUUUUUAAUGAAGGCCGAUGAAAACCUGGAAAUAGCAAGAGGAUAUCUGUCUUUGGUAGAGAGUAUGCUGCUUGUUUCAUUCAACACAUUCUUUUCAUCAAUAUUCAACCUUGCAUCAUUCAGGCAAAUAUACAACACAUUCUUAUAUACACUGAUAUGCAUACGAGAUGUUUCAGAUAUGUCUCUUAAUUGCCUUACAAUUAUAUUCAGGAAAUGCUACGAGCAGAAGCUCUUUCACUUCUUCACACAGAAUUAUAUCUGUACGCUAGAGAAUAUUCUUGGGAUUAUCUUUGAUAAGGACAUGAAGUACAACUUUGAUCAGCAAUGCUUGUUGCUUGCAUUCAUGAUUAAGAUAAGCAGGGACAUUCCUAGCCUUGAUGGUGUCAAUCCAAACCUCAAAAUGCUUUCAGAGCACAUAGUAAGACUCUUUACAAAAUCAUUUCCAAACAUAACUCAGGGAUCAAUCAAUGUGUUUUCUGUAGGACUUUUUGAACUAUGCGAAGAUCAAAAUGUAUUUAAGGAGCAUGUGGAGGAUUUCAGAGUCAAGGUCUAUGAGUUUGGUACGGAUGAAGAUUUACAGGAGGAAAUUGAUCUUAAGAAUGAAAGAAUUGCAAUAUGUAGAGCAUAG